AUGCACCAUCCCAAGGAAACGCUUCUUAUCGAUUCAACUAAUCCUCCUUACUCCCACCUCAUCAAGUACCGUUAUGAUAACCCAACACGUGAACAGUCUCCGCCGACCUCACUUUUUGCCGACAAGAAAAGAGUGAUGAAAAUCCUGGGUGGAUUUUCAAUUAUUCUGGUUUUGGUUUUCUUGGUUGCCGGAAGUCAUGGACAGUCUCGAGUAUCGAUAAGAGAUUCGCUGGAAAAUGAAAAAGAUUAUGCAACAGUAAUUUCUCAGUCAUCAACACCAUUGACCUCCACGACGCUCAAAACCGUUGGUAAAGGAUGCGUGUUGAAUGCUGCUGCAUCCCCAGCAAAUCGAAGGAAAUUCAGUGGUAACAUAUCUGACGCUUGUUUAGCAGGAGUAAAAUCUAACGAAUGUAAAACAUGGAGGAUGACAAAUGCUAUAAUUCUGAAAAAUAAGACAACUAUGGAAGACAACUGCAGAAGCAUUCAGAGAUUCAUAGACGGGACCACAUCUUCAUGCAGUGCGAAAAGUCUCAUACAGUAUUUAUAUCCUGGCGGAGAUUCUUUAAACGAAUGCAAUUUCAUUUAUCCCUUCAAUUCGGUCGCAUUAAAACGAGCCAUCUCAUACUUCAAUCACUCUAAAACGUUAGUCCGCUUUAGUGAUCAGGAUAAUCCGGGUGAUGGAAUGUUUAAACUUUUGGAUCAAGUGAGUAAAUGCGUUAGUAAGAACCCUAUAAAAAAUGAUGGCGCUAUUCUGAAUAUUUUCACUGAUUUAACUUAUGGCGACCUCUGUGAAAGUAAUCUUUUUAUGACGUCAUUCUUUGAUCUACUGCUCAAUUUUGUCGAUUCACAGUAUAUUGUCAAGUUCUAUUUUGUUGAUCAGUAUUUACAAGAUCAGAAAAAUCACCUCGAAAAUAUAUUAAGUGGGUGCAAUUAUAUGAAUCCAAGAUCCUUCUGUGAAAUUGUCGAUAGAAGCAAAGAAGAUGAUCUUGAUGAAUUUGAGAUAUGCCUGGCGGACAACGCGUCAGAUGAUAAACCAAGUCAAUUUGAUUGGCAACUUCUCUUAAUUAUUGGAAUCCCAUGUGUCAGUCUGACAAUUUGUUGUAUUGCAUUCUUCGUAUGCUGCCUAAAAUGUGCAAAACUAAAAAUGGCUAUGAUGAGGAUGAACGUUUUCUCAAACGAUAAUCACAACCCGCAAACCUUUGAACUUAGAAAGAAAUGGCUUGGUAAACGGAAACAGUUUAAAGAUAUGGAGAUGGGUAGUUGCAAAGAUUUGGACAAGCCAGCAGCAUGGUCUCAUUUUGCGUCCGCCAACAACUAUAUGGAUAUACAAGCACUUGCGGAUGCCAAUAAAAAAGAUAUCUGGGAGAUCGACACCAAAAACUUGCUGGUCCAAGAAGACCACCUACUUGGAAACGGUGCAUUUGCAAACGUAUUCAAGGGAAUUGUGAAAGGAAAAAUUCCUCUUCUUGUAGUCAAUAAUAGUCUGAAUAUGACAGUGGAGUCUGAAAACAACGGCCAUUAUGAAGCAGCUGUGAAAAAACUUCCAGCUCACGCAGAUGAACAAAACCAUCUGGAUUUCUUCCAUGAAAUUGAUUUUAUGAAACGCCUUGGACACCAUCCUCAUGUUAUUAGUAUGCUCGGUUGUGUUUCAAAUCCAUAUGAGCCUUUGAUUAUUGUGGAGUACUGCUCACGAGGAGAUUUGCUGAAGUUUUUGAGAAGGCAUAAGGAAUAUGUGCUCAUGAACAAAACUGAUGACUGUCCAGUGGAAGCUGACAUGUGUCUUCGCAUCAAAGAUUUGGUGUCUAUCGCUUGGCAAGUGGCUGAUGGAAUGUCAUAUUUGGCGUCUAAAAACUUUAUUCAUCGAGACCUGGCAGCUCGUAACAUUCUGCUCACAAAAAGUCUCACUGCCAAGAUCAGUGACUUUGGACUAUGCAGGUACAUGGAUUCAGCAUUAUACACUGCUAAAGGAGGGCGUCUUCCAAUUAAAUGGAUGUCUGUUGAAGCAUUGAAACUGUACGAAUUCUCUGCAAAAAGUGACGUCUGGUCGUUCGGAGUAUUACUUUUUGAGAUUUUCUCAAUGGGUGAUGUACCGUAUCCAACGGUACAACAGGUUGAUAUGCUGGAACAUUUGCUAGCGGGAGGAAGAUUGCCACAACCAAUAAAGUGUCCAAAUGAGAUAUUCAACAUUAUGAGAAAAUGCUGGGCUGAGAAACCAGAGGACCGGCCAGAAUUCAAUGAGAUCCGCGGAGAGGUUACUGUAAUGUUAAACUUGGAUGACGAAAGUUAUGGGUACCUGAGUGUGCAGUCAGAAGAUGGAGGGCUCCCCAAAUAUACAUCUCUUACGAUGCAAGAUUCGAAGGAAACAGUUCCAUGCUCCAGUGCAGGUGGCUCCCAGGAAUUGGAUGAGGAUGGUGACUAUGAUAGUGGAUCAGAUACACAUUCUCAAAGUACAUGUGCUCAAUUGGACCGAGCUCUUGGUGAGCGAUACGGUGAAGAGCAGGGACAAGAAAUUAAACAAAUUAUUUGUGAAAUUACUUCGAAAUCUAUAAAAAAGCCACGUCAGUCGUCGACUGGAACCAGAAAUAGUAGUACGCAUCGUUCAUAA